UGAGCCACACACGCACACCGCCUGUGUCUCGUCACUCCGCGCUGGAAGAUGGCUGCGGCGGACCGGCCCCCUGUUAGGGAAGGGAUCCGGAUAGUGUUCCUGUGUGUGGGCUGGUACACGGUCAGCUCGGGGGGCAACAUCGUCAACAAAAUAAUCCUCAAUGGAUUCCCGUACCCGGUCACAGUCUCUCUGUUUCAUAUUAUUUCUAUCGUGGUCUUCCUCCCGCCGCUGUUGCGCGCGUGGGGAGUCCCCAAAACAGAACUGCCGAGCAAGUACUACCAGUGGUACAUCCUGCCUUUAGCUUUCGGGAAAUACUUUGCGUCUGUGACGGCACACUUCAGCAUAUGGAAAGUACCCGUUUCCUACGCGCAUACCGUCAAAGCUACAAUGCCAAUAUGGGUGGUGCUGUUAUCAAGAAUAAUCAUGAAGGAGAAGCAAACCACAAAGGUUUAUGUAUCGCUCAUCCCCAUCAUUGGAGGAGUGCUGCUGGCCACAGCGACUGAGCUGUCCUUUGAUGUUUCUGGACUCAUCAGUGCUCUGGCUGCCACGCUCUGCUUCUCUCUGCAGAACAUCUUCUCCAAGAAGGUGUUGCGCGACAUAAAGAUCCACCACUUAAGGCUGCUCAACAUCCUGGGCUUUAAUGCCGUUAUCUUCAUGCUGCCCACCUGGAUUCUGGUGGAUCUCUCUGUUUUUCUUGUUAAUGGAGAUCUGUCAGAAGUCUCAGGAUGGACAGGUACCUUCGUCCUCCUCCUCAUCAGCGGCUUUUGCAACUUUGCUCAGAACGUCAUCGCGUUCAGCGUACUGAACAUCGUUAGCCCGCUCAGCUACGCGGUCGCCAACGCCACCAAGAGGAUCAUGGUCAUUAGCAUCUCACUGCUGAUGCUGCGCAACCCGGUCACCCUCACAAACGUCAUGGGUAUGAUGACAGCCAUUGUCGGGGUCUUCCUCUACAACAAGGCCAAGUAUGACGACAACAAGGAGAAGAAGCUGCUGCCAAGCGCCAAUCAGGACCUGGUGUCCUUUGACAACCCGACUCUGGAGAAGGUCCAGGCCAACGGGUCAAUGCCUUUCUCCCACGGCUCAGAGCAGCAGCACAACUGGAACAACGAGCUUACUGACCACUUCCAAUACAGCCGGCAGGCCUACACGACAAACGGCAACCACCAGUACGUGGUGUGAAGGAGGGUCCUGUCCUCGACGUCAUAGACAUUACUGUGUCGCCGCCCUCCCAGCAGCGGGACACAGCCCUGCUCCAAACACGAGACUGAAGGCAAGUGCUGUUUGUUCUGGAUAGGAAGAAUGAGAUGGCCAGUGACGUGACCUCUCCCAAGCUCCUCCGCUUCUAAACAUCACUUUCUGACAGCUUCGCUGUAUGACAUUGUUUAUUUAUUAGUUUUUGUAGAGACUGUAUGUGAUGGUCUGAGAGGAAACAAAACUUAAAUCACCUGUUUUCAGACAUUUGGGUGACAGAUUCAGCCAUGUUAUUCACACACAGAAAUGCGUCGCUGUAGGUGGACAUGCAAAAGGUAGUUAAUAUAUGAUUUGCACCUUACUGUCUGGAAAUGUUUUGUUUUCAAAACCAUCCAUAAUUUGGUAUUUUGGGUAAUUUUGUUCACUUUCAGAGGAAAGGCUGUAAUUGUUUAAUGUGAACGCUAACUUGCACCGAAACAACAGUCGUGUAUACAUUUUUAACAAACAAAUCUCAGUGGAAAGCCUUAACAUUUUCGUUUAAGGCAUUUCAUGUGUAGGCGUUAUUUUUCUACAUGAGGCACCUGUAAUGAUAUGAGGAGAAACAAUCGGUUUGAAUCGUUGUCCUCAGUGAAUAAAAUACAUUGCACUCUUCAAACAUUUGAUGCAGAUGGGACUUUAGGAAACGCUCACUUAGAGAUUUUGUAGAUUUGGUCUGAUCAGUUCAGUUAUUAAUUUCUCCCUCAGGGUGAACUGUAAUGAUGUUGGUGACCCUCUGACGUUGUUCUAGCGCCACCAACAGGUCAAAAUGGCCCAAACUUAUAUUCAUAACUAAAUUCCUGCAAAAUUAAUGACAAUUCCCAUCAGCCUCAGCCUUUGUUUACAGUUAAUGUUAGCAUACUAGCAUGCUAUACUAACAUGGUGAACAUAGUAAAUGUAAAUAAAUAUCAGCAUGUUAGCAUUGUCAUUGUGAGCAUGGCAACAGUAGCAUUUAGACUGCACUCACUUUGCAACGUCCCUCAAAAUUACAAGUGCCUAAUGAACAAAAAUGCCCAAAUAUAAACAUUUAAAAAAUCAUUGCAUCUGCAAGAAACUGAUGCUCGAAAACUUGUUGCACAAGCAGAUCCGUUAACAUUAAGUCACAACUGAGUGUUUUUAACUAUCACCAUAUUUUCAUCACUGAACACAUGCGGCCUCCGUAUCUUUGAACUAUGGAGGCCGUGUGAAAGAUUAACUUUCAGAGUGAGACCAGUUCUGUCUCCCAGAACUGUCAAUGACCUCUCAAUGGCCACGCGUCUGUCCUUUCCCCAACAUAACUAUUUAGUUCAUGGUUUGCUAUCAUGGAGCAUAAAUGUAAAAGUUACAAUUAGAUUUACCAAAUCAAAGCAUCCUUUCAGUGCAUAAGAAUUCUCGUAUUCCAUCUUUCUAAGUCUAACCAUGUAAAAAUGUAAUAGGCAUUAUUUUGCUGUCAGUUUUGAGACAAUUAACAAUUUUUUAAAAUUGAUUACUGGUAUUUAUUGAUUUGCAAAGCUUCUCAGGAAGAAUGAUAUUUUCUCUCCUGUCGGGUGUUUUUUUUUCUUCUUUUUUUCCCCCCCCAAGCCUGAACAAGCAGGCCCGGUUCCAGUUUGCACAUCAUGAAACAACAAAAUGUGUUCUGCAGAUUGUGGCGUUCUGUCAAGUGAUUUGAACGUCAUGGUGUUUUACUUUAAGACAUUUUUGUAACUGGACAGAUUCAAAAGGAGACAUGCAUGAAAUCACAGGUUUGGUUUUGCAAUUAAAGAUUCAACUGUAAUUAAAAAAAGGUUGAUUAUCACUAUUGAUUACUGUCUGCAAAAUGUUUAACUAAUAAUCAUUUGUUGAAAUGCCUUUUUCCUGCUUGAAGAACUAUUUAAUGUAGGAAACAGUCGCUUGCUCUUCUUACUGUAGGAUCUCUGAUCUGAAUCUCACUGCAGCAAUAUACGGUUAUUUUUUUUGUUUUGGUGAUUCAGCUGUCUCAGCAUUGGAAAUCAAUGUAGAAUUUCUGCUCAUUUAUUUUGUAAGGACAAUGCUCGUUAAUUUAAUUUUUGUAAAAGUGCCAGUUGUAGCCUGUGAGCUUGGUUUUUCAGCUGUAGUCCCAUGUAGAUGUGGGUAAGGGGAUAGUGUGGUUAUUAAUACACCCUCUCUUUUUAUGGUGCACUGGUUUUGUCUUCUCUGACAAAUUAAAAACACUGUCACAUUAUUUAGUCUGGAGGUAAACGAGCUCUGUGGGGUUGGUGCGCUCUGGCCUUCCCAGAGACAAACUAGUAUCAGUAAUAAUAAUAUUUUUUUAAGUUAUAUAUAAAUCUAAGUAAGUGCUGAGAUAGUUUGUAGCUGACAUUGUUUGUAGUCUUACGUAGCUGCUCUGGUUCUCUCCAGCAGGGAAUGAAAUCACCACUGUUUUUGAUACAAAGAUCAAGUUGGCUGUUUUGGACUGUUUGACCAGAAACACCUGCAUGUUGGCAUAUAGUUCACUUCAACAGCCCUGGAAUAAAGAUUACCUUAUUCAAUUGUCAAUGUUUAUAACACUGCUGUUGUAGUUUUUGUGUUGCACACUUUGAGGUGUUUACAUUUUCGAUAAAAUGGAAACACAAAAGCAGAAUUAUUAGAACUCCCACCACAAACGGCAGCCUCAUAAAUAUUAAAAGUAAAAUCCUCUGGUGUAAGCACGGAUAAUAAAAAAAAAUUCAUAGAGGCAUCAUUUAUUAUGUGAUAUGAAAGUAGAGGGCCCUCUGUUUGGCUUUACAGCCGCACAUAUCCUGUAUGGUAAAUGCUCAUCAACUCCCUUCAAGCUUGUGUUUCAGCUCCAAAGCAGCAGAACGAUUCACUGCAGAACAAAGUGGAGCGUUUCACACCUAAAGCACCCGAUUAUCAAAAAGAGACCGAAACAGCCUAAUGAAAAGUGGAUAUCAUUCACAUUUAAAUGUUUAUUUCACUGUAAAAUCCUACUUUUUACUACUGUUAUGUGACGAAUCAGAUGUCUGAAAAAGCUAUUUUGAGUACUUGUCCUGAUAUAAUAUUAAACAAUAAGCAAUCGUUUCUUCAAUGCUAAAUCAUGUACAAACAGCUUUGUUCUCGAAAUUGUGUCUUCAACAGGUGGAACAUUGAUAACUUAGAAAGCUGAUUGUUUGCAAACUAUUUUUGUAAAUGUCAAAGGGGGAAAUCUCCUCCCUUUUAAUCGUCAUAUAUACUUUUAGAAACAAUCUAAAUUAGCUUGUCGGUGACAAAUUUCAGUACAAAUAGCCUUUUAUGGCUUAAAUGAAAUGGAGACUUCAUCUGCCUAUCGGAUUCAAUAAAUCAGGUUGAGGACUUAUUGUGUGAUUAAAUCUACGUUUUACGGGAAUUGCGGAGGAAAAUACUUAAAUGCUAUCAACAGCUGAGAAAUGUGAUUACAUUGUAGGCAGUGUGACAUCGAUGAACAAUAUCCAAAUAGACAAUCCUUUCAUUCAAGAAUGUAAUAUACGACCUGCAGAAAAUGAAAAGCGUUCCAGUCACAUUUAAACCUUUUGUGGUUGAUUUGUUUUUAGGCCCUUUUGGAUUUCUUCAUGUCUUUUCUUCAUGUUGCCAAAAG